AUGGACCCUGGAACAGCUCUAGCUGUGGUGUCGCUCUCUUUCGACCUCUUUGCCAGCUGCGUUAGAGGCUUCACCUUGAUAUCUGACGCUCGAAACAUCGGAAAGGAUGCAGCCAUCGAACGAACAAAACUCGUGCUUCAAGAGCAUCGACUGAUUGAAUGGGCUAGGGCAAUCGGCCUCAACCCUCCCAGAGACGAUGGAUCACUAGAGAUACACAAGCACCCUGCCGCUCUCAUUUUGUUCCAGCUAGAGCAGCUUCUCUCCUCAACGGACGCUUUGAAAAAGCGCUACAAGCUGGAACUCGUGUCUCCACCUAAUGACUCUGAUGACUUGGUCCCUUCCGAACCGGCGAUCGUCUCUGACAACCCGGCUUCAUCGAUCCUUUCAACUAUUGUACCACCCGAGAUUCGCCAGGGCAUCCUCAAGCGCGCAUCUACACUUAACACGGCGAAUCGGUUCCCACGGCGUCUUUAUUGGGCCGCUGUCGACAAGAAAAGGUAUGCUGAGCUGGUGCAGGAUGUGACCGGUCUUGUCGAUGGGCUUUGGUCUCUCUUGGACAUUCCUCACCGAAUCCAGACGUCUCGCGCAGUCAACCAGACGCUGCAACUCGCGAUCCAAACGAGUGAAGAUAUCAAGGGUCUUCAGUAUCUCCAGAAAUCUCUUCACGACUCAUUCACAGAUGCUGGUGUUGGAAACUCCCUCGCUGCCUCGGCAGGCCUAAAGGCACAGCAUAUUUUGCUCACAUCACAUAGUGGUGGUGCCCGGCAACGAGCGCACUCCGAUGAUGGGGCCAGCCGUGUACCAGCAGAGCUUCCAUCGGUUCUGGACCCUUCCCGGCUAUCUGGCAUUCAUAUGAUGACAUCAACCAUUGGAUCUGCCCUUUACAAGGGAGACACUGUGCUAAUAGAAGAGAAACGUGUACAGCCAGGAAUGAAAGCCAAGCUUAAACCACGUGUUGAAGCUCUUGUGCGUCUACUCUCGCAGCCCCCCACGCCAUCUUUUCAAACAUUCCCUUGUCUGGGAUACACUGAAGAGCAAGGGGGCUUCCGGUUGGUCUUCAGACUCCCUCCUGGCACCGAGAAGCCUCCUUCCCUGCUCAGUGUAUUAUCGAAAUCCAGCGGACCACUGCCAGAUGUUGGCAUGCGACUUCGUUUAGCUGCCCAGGUGUGCCAGACGCUCCUGAGCUUCCACACAGCCGGCUGGCUCCAUAAAGACAUGCGAUCUGAAAACAUUCUCCUCGUCUCUCCGACCUCUAGCUCAUCCAUUGACCGCCUAGGUCGACCAUAUCUCUGCGGUUUCUCGUUCGCACGACAAGGUUCGCCGACCGAAAUCAGCGAACAGCCAUCUGAGGACCUCUCACGGGACAUUUAUCGGCACCCCAAGGCUCUCGGAGAGCCUUCGGACAGCUUCGAACGCUACAUGGAUGCAUAUUCUCUCGGCUGCGUCCUGAUAGAGAUCGCAGAAUGGGCACCCCUCCGGAAAAUUGUCAAGAAGCGCGUUGAUAUCAGCGAUGGCAGUGGCGUAACUUUGGCUGAUGUUGCUUCACUCUCACAGUGGAUGUAUGAUCGAUAUAUAACUGAAGGAUUCGCAGGAUUUCGACUCGGGGUUGGAUUCAUGAGGAUGCUUGCUCUAUGCAUCCCAACAGGAGAUAAAAAGCCGGAUUUGGCUGACUUCUAUUCUGCACUUGAAAGUAUAGCUACUUGUUGA